UCGGUGGGCAACCCUGAUUGCAAAACAUGUCGUCUUGGAAAUCCGAAAGGUUCUUAUCAAAAAGUCGGCCGCAGGCAUAUUUUAGCGAUGGCGGCCUCGGCCGGCCCUUCCUCUCUGGUUCCUAGGGCUUUCUCCGCGCGUUGGGGUCCUCGUGGCGGAAUCGGCAGCGGUCGCAGGCUCUUCUCGAGCACCUCAAUUCCCUCCUCUCCGGCGCUGCUUCCCGGUUCUCAUCUCCGCUCCUCCGCCGUUGCUCUCGCUCGUCGGAGGAAGAACGCCUCCACAGCACAGCCUUCGAAGCAUAAGAAAAUGCUGCAAAAUGAUGAGCAUGAAGAAGAAGAUAUAGAUGAAGAUGCUUUUGAGGCACUUUUUAGUCAACUGGAAGAAGAUCUGAAAAAUGACAGUCUAUCAGACGAUGGCGCUGGUGAUGAGAUAACCGAAGAAGAUAUGGCGAGGCUCGAACAGGAGUUGGAGGAAGCACUCGGCGAUGGUCACUAUGAUGAUCUUUCAAGAGUUCCAGCCGACGGUUUAGACGGUGAUGAUAAAUCUGAUGAAGAAGAGAGAAGGCCACAGCUCAAAAAUUGGCAAAUGCGGAGAUUGGCUCGUGCCUUAAAGAUUGGUCGCCGUAAGACUAGUAUAAAAAGUCUUGCAUCUGAGCUUGGGCUAGAGAGGGCUUACGUGAUUGAAUUGCUUCGUGAUCCACCUCCGAAUCUUCUACUAAUGUCUGCUUCUAUACCGGAUGAAGUAACACAAACACCUUCUGUGCCUGGAAACAAGCAACCAGAAUCUCCUCCUAUGACAGCCAUUGAUGCAGCAGAAAGUAAGCCUGAGGCAAAACUUCCUGUUCAUGUAAUGCGAACAAGAUGGUCGACACAAAAGAGAUUGAAGAAAGUGCAAGUCGAGACUUUAGAAAGAGUUUACUCCCGAACAAAACGUCCCACGAAUGCUAUGAUCAGCAGCAUAGUACAUGUGACAAAUCUUCCAUGGAAGACAGUAGUGAAAUGGUUUGAAGAUAAGCGACUGCAAGAUGGUGUUCCUGAGCAUCGUGUACCCUAUCGGAGAUCCACCCCUGAGACCAUCUCUACUAGUUGACUGAGGGAUUACUUGUGAGUGAUUGAAGUCCACUGGAUGCCUUUUGUGAUUUUAUGUUGAAAUCUCUGUUUUCAAGACUCGUAGUUUCUUCAGGAUCUAUACUGCUGGAAAAUUCAAAGAGCUGCAAAGUUGAUGGGUUCAAGCAACAUCGAGUGACAACUGGGAUUGUAGUUGAAUGAACCUAUGGUUGAGAUAUAGCUCCUGAUGUAAUGUCUCAUACCUUGAGUUCUUCACUAGGUUGUGCUGCUAAUAGUAGUUUUGAUGGCAAAACUUAGGUUCGAGCAUUGCAAGCCAGAUUUUUCAGGUUUGCUUACUGUUUUACAAUGUAUCUAGUCUUGUACUGAUAUUAAAAAGUUGUUUUGCCCCCUUCCUGCCACUGUUAGAAAAGUCAGAGGAGAAAACUUGGAGAAUUUAAGUCGGCUGUAGUUUAACAUGUUUUAUUGAUACUGGCCUGAGCAUGGCAUAUCCUUAUAUAAGUGAUGAGACAUUUUCAAGAUAAGAAAGUUGAGUUUUCAAGGAAAAGAUUAGACAUAUAUAAGAAGGAUUUACCCCUUAUUUUAGGUAUGACAAAGUGGAUGACACAAAGUUGCAUGAGAUGGAGAGUUCUUUCUUUGUAUUUGUAUUGGGGUGCCCUAUAUUUCAUGUGUGAUCUAAGUGUGAUAAUGGUGUAAUGGAUAAUCAGAGCAAAAUAUGUUGUAAUGAGAUGUAAUAUCCGAUGAUUAAGUGGGUUUAAAUGCUAAUUAUUUACAUUGUCUUCUUCUUUUCAAAA